GUCCUGCUUUAAAAAGCUCCAAGAACUGCCUCACUUCCAGGCUACAUCUUCUCACUUGCUAACAAGGACCUCUGAGUUCAGCAGCCAUGAGUGCAGACUCAGAGAUGGCUGUUUUUGGGGAGGCUGCUCCCUACCUCCGAAAGUCUGAAAAGGAGCGCAUUGAGGCCCAGAAUAGGCCCUUUGACGCCAAGACAUCGGUCUUUGUGGUGGAGCCCAAGGAAUCCUUUGUCAAAGGAACUAUCCAGAGCAGAGAAGGAGGGAAAGUGACAGUGAAAACUGAAGGGGGAGCGACUCUGACAGUGAAGGAUGAUCAGGUGUUUCCCAUGAACCCCCCCAAAUUUGACAAGAUCGAGGACAUGGCCAUGAUGACUCACCUGCAUGAGCCUGCUGUGCUGUACAACCUCAAAGAGCGCUACGCAGCCUGGAUGAUCUACACCUACUCCGGCCUCUUCUGUGUCACUGUCAACCCCUACAAGUGGCUGCCAGUGUACAACCCGGAGGUGGUGACAGCCUAUCGAGGCAAAAAGCGCCAGGAGGCCCCGCCCCACAUCUUCUCCAUCUCUGACAACGCCUAUCAGUUCAUGCUGACUGACCGGGAGAAUCAGUCGAUCCUGAUCACCGGAGAAUCCGGAGCAGGGAAGACUGUGAACACCAAGCGUGUCAUCCAGUACUUUGCAACAAUUGCAGUCACUGGGGACAAGAAGAAGGAGGAAGCUACUUCUGGCAAAAUGCAGGGGACUCUGGAAGAUCAGAUCAUCAGCGCCAACCCCCUACUGGAGGCCUUUGGCAAUGCCAAGACUGUGAGGAAUGACAACUCCUCUCGCUUCGGUAAAUUCAUCAGAAUCCACUUCGGCACUACAGGAAAACUGGCUUCUGCUGAUAUUGAAACAUAUCUGUUAGAGAAGUCUAGAGUUACUUUCCAGCUUAAGGCUGAAAGAAGCUAUCAUAUUUUUUAUCAGAUCACAUCAAACAAGAAACCAGAACUAAUUGAAAUGCUUCUGAUUACCACGAACCCAUAUGAUUACCCAUUUGUCAGUCAAGGGGAAAUCAGUGUGCCCAGCAUUGAUGAUCAGGAAGAACUGAUGGCCACAGAUAGUGCUAUUGAUAUAUUGGGCUUUACUAAUGAAGAAAAGGUCUCCAUUUACAAGCUCACGGGGGCCGUGAUGCAUUAUGGGAACUUGAAAUUUAAGCAGAAGCAGCGUGAGGAGCAAGCAGAGCCAGAUGGCACUGAAGUUGCUGACAAGGCAGCCUAUCUCCAGAGUCUGAACUCUGCUGACCUGCUCAAAGCCCUCUGCUACCCCAGGGUCAAGGUUGGCAAUGAGUAUGUCACCAAAGGCCAGACUGUAGAACAGGUGACCAACGCAGUGGGUGCUCUGGCCAAAGCUGUCUACGAGAAGAUGUUCCUGUGGAUGGUCACCCGCAUCAACCAGCAGCUGGACACCAAGCAGCCCAGGCAGUACUUCAUCGGGGUCUUGGAUAUUGCUGGUUUUGAGAUUUUUGAUUUCAACAGCCUGGAGCAGCUGUGCAUCAACUUCACCAAUGAGAAACUGCAACAGUUUUUCAACCACCACAUGUUCGUGCUGGAGCAGGAGGAGUACAAGAAGGAAGGCAUCGAGUGGACGUUCAUCGACUUCGGCAUGGACCUGGCUGCCUGCAUCGAGCUCAUAGAGAAGCCUAUGGGCAUCUUCUCCAUCCUGGAAGAGGAGUGCAUGUUCCCCAAGGCAACAGACACCUCCUUUAAGAACAAGCUGUAUGAACAGCAUAUUGGAAAGUCUGCCAACUUCCAGAAGCCCAAGGUUGUCAAAGGGAGAACUGAGGCUCACUUUUCCCUGAUUCACUACGCUGGUGUCGUGGACUAUAACAUCAAUGGCUGGCUUGACAAGAACAAGGACCCUCUGAAUGAGACUGUGGUUGGGCUGUACCAGAAGUCUUCACUGAAAACUCUGGCUCACCUCUUCUCUGGGGCUCAAUCUGCUGAGGCAGAGGCGGGUCACAAGAAAGGUGGUAAGAAGAAAGGCUCUUCUUUCCAGACCGUGUCUGCCCUUUUCAGAGAGAAUUUGAACAAGCUGAUGACCAACCUCAGGAGUACCCAUCCCCAUUUUGUGAGAUGCAUCAUCCCCAAUGAGACCAAAACUCCUGGUGCCAUGGAGCACGAACUUGUCCUGCACCAGCUGAGGUGUAACGGUGUGCUGGAAGGCAUCCGCAUCUGCAGAAAAGGAUUCCCAAGCAGAAUCCUUUAUGCAGACUUCAAACAGAGAUACAAGGUAUUAAAUGCAAGUGCUAUCCCAGAGGGACAAUUCAUCGAUAGCAAGAAGGCUUCUGAGAAGCUCCUUGGGUCCAUCGACAUUGACCACACCCAGUAUAAAUUUGGUCACACCAAGGUAUUUUUCAAAGCUGGUCUUCUGGGGCUCCUAGAGGAGAUGAGAGAUGAGAAGCUGGCCCAGCUGAUGACCCGAACACAGGCCAGGUGCAGAGGGUACUUGGCAAGAGUGGAGUACCAGAGGAUGGUGGAGAGAAGGGAGGCCAUCUUCUGCAUCCAGUACAACAUCCGCUCUUUCAUGAAUGUCAAGCACUGGCCCUGGAUGAAACUGUUCUUCAAGAUCAAGCCUCUGCUGAAGAGUGCAGAAACUGAAAAGGAGAUGGCCACCAUGAAGGAAGAAUUUGAGAAAACUAAAGAGGAACUUGCCAAGUCAGAGGCAAAAAGGAAGGAACUGGAAGAAAAGAUGGUGUCACUGUUGAAAGAAAAAAAUGACUUGCAGCUCCAGGUUCAGUCUGAAGCCGAAGGCUUGGCUGAUGCAGAGGAAAGGUGUGACCAGCUCAUCAAAACAAAAAUCCAACUUGAGGCCAAGAUCAAGGAGGUGACUGAGAGAGCUGAGGAUGAGGAAGAGAUCAAUGCUGAGCUGACAGCCAAGAAGAGGAAACUAGAGGAUGAAUGUUCAGAACUCAAGAAAGACAUUGAUGACCUUGAGCUGACACUGGCCAAGGUUGAGAAGGAGAAACAUGCCACAGAGAACAAGGUGAAAAACCUCACAGAAGAGAUGGCAGGCCUGGAUGAAACCAUCGCAAAGCUGACCAAGGAGAAGAAGGCCCUCCAAGAGGCCCACCAGCAGACCCUGGAUGACCUGCAAGCAGAAGAGGACAAAGUUAACACCCUGACCAAAGCUAAAAUCAAACUUGAACAACAAGUGGAUGAUCUUGAAGGGUCCUUGGAGCAAGAAAAGAAACUUCGCAUGGACCUAGAAAGGGCUAAGAGGAAACUUGAGGGUGACUUAAAGUUGGCCCAAGAGUCCAUAAUGGACAUCGAAAAUGAGAAACAGCAACUUGACGAAAAGCUCAAAAAGAAAGAGUUUGAAAUGAGCAAUCUGCAAAGCAAGAUUGAAGAUGAACAGGCACUUGCUAUUCAAUUGCAGAAGAAGAUCAAAGAACUGCAAGCCCGCAUUGAGGAGCUGGAGGAGGAAAUUGAGGCAGAGCGGGCUUCCCGGGCCAAAGCAGAGAAGCAGCGCUCUGACCUCUCCCGGGAGCUGGAGGAGAUCAGUGAGCGGCUGGAAGAAGCUGGUGGGGCCACUUCGGCCCAGAUUGAGAUGAACAAGAAGCGAGAGGCUGAGUUCCAGAAAAUGCGCCGGGACCUGGAAGAGGCCACCUUGCAGCAUGAAGCCACGGCGGCCACCCUGAGGAAGAAGCACGCAGAUAGUGUGGCUGAGCUCGGGGAGCAGAUUGACAACCUGCAGCGGGUCAAACAGAAGCUGGAGAAGGAGAAGAGUGAGAUGAAGAUGGAGAUUGAUGACCUUGCUAGUAAUGUAGAAACAGUCUCCAAAGCCAAGGGAAACCUAGAGAAAAUGUGUCGGACUCUAGAGGACCAACUGAGUGAACUUAAAUCCAAGGAAGAAGAGCAGCAGCGACAGAUCAAUGACCUAACAACCCAGAGGGGACGCCUGCAGACCGAGUCUGGUGAAUUUUCACGCCAGCUUGAUGAAAAAGAAGCUCUGGUAUCUCAGUUAUCAAGGGGCAAACUAGCAUUUACUCAACAGAUUGAGGAAUUAAAGAGGCAACUUGAAGAGGAGAUAAAGGCCAAGAACGCCCUGGCGCACGCCCUGCAGUCCUCCCGCCACGACUGUGACCUGCUGCGGGAACAGUAUGAGGAGGAGCAGGAAUCCAAGGCUGAGCUGCAGAGGGCGCUGUCCAAGGCCAACAGUGAGGUUGCGCAGUGGAGGACCAAAUACGAGACGGACGCCAUCCAGCGCACCGAGGAGCUGGAGGAGGCCAAGAAGAAGCUGGCCCAGCGGCUGCAGGCUGCUGAGGAACUCGUAGAAGCUGUAAAUGCCAAAUGUGCUUCCCUUGAGAAGACGAAGCAGCGGCUGCAGAAUGAGGUCGAGGACCUCAUGCUCGAUGUGGAGAGAACAAAUGCUGCCUGUGCAGCUCUGGACAAAAAGCAAAGGAACUUUGAUAAGGUCCUGGCAGAAUGGAAACAGAAAUAUGAGGAAACACAUGCUGAGCUUGAGGCUUCCCAGAAGGAGUCCCGCUCCCUUGGCACUGAGCUGUUCAAGAUGAAGAACGCCUAUGAGGAAUCCCUGGAUCAGCUAGAAACCCUGAAGAGAGAGAACAAAAACUUACAGCAGGAGAUUUCUGACCUUACGGAGCAGAUUGCAGAAGGAGGAAAACGUAUCCAUGAACUGGAGAAAAUAAAGAAACAAGUGGAACAAGAAAAGUCUGAACUUCAGGCUGCCUUAGAAGAAGCAGAGGCAUCUCUCGAACACGAAGAGGGCAAGAUCCUGCGCAUCCAGCUUGAGUUGAACCAAGUCAAGUCGGAAAUCGACAGGAAAAUUGCUGAAAAGGAUGAGGAAAUUGACCAGCUGAAGAGAAACCACAUUAUAUAACUUAUUUUUAAACAGAACACCAGCCUGAUCAACACCAAGAAGAAGCUGGAGACAGACAUUUCCCAAAUUCAGGGAGAGAUGGAGGACAUUGUCCAGGAAGCCCGCAAUGCAGAAGAGAAGGCCAAGAAGGCCAUCACUGAUGCCGCCAUGAUGGCCGAGGAGCUGAAGAAGGAGCAGGACACCAGCGCCCACCUGGAGCGGAUGAAGAAGAACAUGGAGCAGACGGUGAAGGACCUGCAGCACCGUCUGGACGAGGCUGAGCAGCUGGCGCUGAAGGGCGGCAAGAAGCAGAUCCAGAAACUGGAGGCCAGAGUGCGUGAGCUGGAAGGGGAGGUUGAGAGCGAGCAAAAGCGUAGUGCUGAGGCUGUCAAAGGUCUGCGUAAACAUGAGAGGCGAGUAAAGGAGCUCACUUACCAGACGGAAGAAGAUCGAAAAAAUAUUCUCAGGCUUCAGGAUUUGGUAGAUAAACUGCAGGCAAAGGUGAAAUCUUACAAGAGGCAAGCUGAGGAGGCUGAGGAACAAUCCAACACAAAUCUAUCUAAAUUCCGCAAGCUCCAGCAUGAGCUGGAGGAGGCCGAGGAACGGGCCGACAUUGCUGAGUCCCAGGUCAAUAAACUGCGGGUGAAGAGCCGGGAGGUUCAUACAAAAGUCAUAAGUGAAGAGUGAUCAAGUCCUGAUGCCAUGGAAUGACAGAAGAGAGGCACAAAAUGUGACAUCUUUAGUCAUUUUCCUCUGUAUUUAUUGUCUAUUCUACCCUACUGCAAAGGAAAUAAAAGCAUAGGGUACUUUGCAAA